AUGACAUCCCGAUCCGUCAGUCCAUUUGGGUCCGCCGAGAACCUUGCCCAGAUCCUCAACCUGGACCCCAGCGAUAAUCCCGAUGAGCAAGAAGGCACCAUGCCAGACCAUUCCCGCGUGACCAGGCGUGGUGCUCCGGCUCGACACUCCCGUCGUCAGCGAUCAGAGUAUCGAUCCUGGGAUCGAGCAAGCGAUGUACCGAGAAAGGGGACUACAGGGUCAAAGAAUCGGUCCAAGUCGAGACAUUGA